CCAUUUUCGUCUCUGCAUAAUGAAUCCUGGCCAACCAGAUUACCUGACAAAUGAACCCAUGGACGAGGCUUUUGGUGCAGUGGUCAAGACUUGUACGAAGCUCCAGAGGCUUUCCGUUUCUGGCCUGUUAACUGACCAGACAUUUGAGUAUAUCGGGAAGUAUGCCAAAAACCUUGAGACGCUUUCAGUGGCUUUUGCUGGAAGCAGUGACUGGGGUAUGCAGUGCGUGCUUGACGGCUGUUCUAAGCUGAGGAAGCUGGAGAUAAGGGAUUGUCCAUUCGGAAAUGCAGCACUUCUUUCUGGACUGGACAAGUAUGAAUCCAUGCGGUGUCUUUGGAUGUCAGCUUGCAAUGUCACCAUGAAUGGUUGUCGGCUACUUGCAAAAGAGAUGCCUAGGUUGAAUGUCGAGGUAAUCAAAGAUGAGGACAGCGAUGACUAUGCUGAUAAAGUGUACGUCUAUCGUUCUGUAGCAGGGCCACGAAGAGAUGCUCCACCUUUUGUUAAAACUCUUUAGUACAAAGAAACUGGAAUUCUGUUGCUGCACUGAUGUUCAUAAAGGUGGAAGAGAGUAAGUGGACAAUGGGGCUGAAUAUGCUACACUUUCUAUGUUUUACUUGUUGGAGAAGCUCGAAAAUUUUCAAGGAAGAUCAACAAAAGGGAUGUCUGUGCUCUUGUUGGCCUUUAUGCAUAAUUAUGAUGAGAAAGAAACCAUGCUAAUCUCUUACAGUUGGUGAGACCUUUGAGGCCAUUGCAAAUAAUCAUCACUCUAUCGGCAUUGCCAACUGCCAAUGGCAAUACAUGGAGCAGGGACGGGAAUAAGUGGAACGAAUGACCACAUGACGGAGUUGACAAGUUAUAUCUGCACGAGAAAACUUUCAGCAGAAUGUGCAUAUCAGAAAAUCUGAAGAGUCCUGAAGUUUUCUGGAUCUUUCAAAGUGGAAGCAAGAGAGGACUUAGAUAUUGAGGGUGAAACUCUCUCAAGAAAGAGCAAGAUGAUGAAUGCUGGUUUGGUAAAUCGCACAGUUUUUCCACAAUAAGCAGCAUAAUCAUAAAGAAAGAAAAAUGAAGAGAGUCAGAUUUUAAUCAUGUUACUUGAAUAGUUGAAUGAUGAUCAUUAGGUCUCACAGACUUUAGUCCUUUUUUUUUUCUUGCACCAGACUGAAGUCAUUUGGCCAAAGUUGAAAUUGCAAAAGAAGAAGAAACCAUAGUAUUCUUUUACAUGUGAUUGCUGCCUUGUCCUUUCUUCGUCAGAAUGUAGUUAGUUAAAAUUAAGACAUUUAUUCACUUCCAUUUGCUUCA